ACAUUUAGUAAAGAAAAUGAUGAAUUUGAAAGGCAGAAAGAUCAUUAUAUAUAUAUGGAUGAUGUUAAAACAGUAAAAGUUAUCCCUACUCCUGAAGGUGACUUUGAUUUCAAAAUGUUCAUUUACUGGAUUCAGGAGCAUCUGGAAGACUAA